AUGGGCGCGGGGAGCGGGAGUGAUGUGGCCGCUGCGGCCGCUGCCGGGGCUGUGUGUGCUGCUGUUGCGGCCGUGUAUGUGGGCACCCUGCCGCCCGGCCUGCCCGGCGGGGACGCGGGGGAGCUGAUCACAGCCGCAUAUGAGCUUGGAGUUGCCCAUCCGCCCGGCUACCCGCUGUUCACGCUGCUGGCUGGGCUGGCCAUGAGGCUGCUGCCCAGCGGGGCCGCUGCGGGCCGUGUCAACCUGCUGUGUGCUGUGCUGGGAGCUGCAGCAGCCGCGCUGCUCUUCUACACCGUGCUCAGGCUUUCUGGCUCAUAUGCUGGAGGAAUCCUUGCUGCGGGGGUGUUUUCAUUUUCUCGUCUAACAUGGCAGUGGUCCAUCACGGCGGAGGUUUUUAGCUUAAACAAUCUGUUUGUGGGGCUGCUUAUGGCUCUUACCGUGCAUUUUGAGGAGGCAUCCACUGCAAAAGAGAGAUCAAAGAUCGCCAAACUUGGUGCCUUUUGCUGCGGCCUCAGUUUGUGCAAUCAGCACACAAUAGUGCUUUAUAUUGCUUGUAUUGUACCUUGGGUUCUCUUCCUGCUCUUCAGAAAGACGGAAUUGUCCCUAGGCCAUUUGCUGAAGUUGGGUUUAUGCUUCUUGGCUGGUUUGCUGCCUUAUCUCUAUCUGCCGGCUUCGUCCUACCUCAAUCGAGCCCGUUGGACAUGGGGAGACCAGACGACUUUUCAAGGAUUUUUGACCCACUUUCUCAGGGAGGAAUAUGGGACAUUCAAUCUGGCCAAGUCCGAGACUCGAUCAAGUAUGAGAGAUAUGCUGGUCUUCCAGCUGGAGCAGAUGAGGUCAGAGCUGUCCCUUCCUGUCCUUGUCCUGGCACUCGUGGCCUGUUUCAGCACAGCACUGCGGAUAAAGCAACAGAAAUCACCCGUGAUUUGUCUCUUCGCUGGAAUGCUCUGUGUUUAUUCACUCUUUUUCGCCUGGAGAGCAAAUUUGGAUGUUACAAAGCCUCUGUUUCUGGGAGUGGUGGAGCGGUUCUGGAUGCAGAGCAAUGUGGCUGUGGCUGUGCUGGCAGGGCUGGGGCUGGCUGCUCUCACGUCCCUUGGAGGUGCUGUGCUGCAGGGCAGCCGAGUGCUGCCGUGGCUGGAGUGGUUUUCUGCUGGGACUCUCGUUGCUGCUCAAAUUUGGGCCAACUAUAGUGAUUGUGAUCAGAGCAACAAUUACAUUGUUGAUAAGUUUGCAAAAAACCUGCUGUCCUCUAUGCCAAUGGGUGCAGUGAUUUUGCUAAGAGGAGACUUGCCCGGGAACGCCCUUCGUUACCUGCAUUAUGUUGAAGGAGUGAGGCCAGAUAUCACAUUAGUGGACCAAGAGAUGAUGACCUAUGAAUGGUAUUUACCCAAGCUGGCAAAGCAUUUACCUGGUGUUCAUUUUCCUGGGAACCGGUGGAACCCUGUGGAAGGAAUAUUACCCGAUGGGACACUUGCUUUUAAUCUCCACCAUUUCCUCAAAGCGAAUAAGCAUAAAGAAGUGUUUGUCUGCAUAGGUCUUCAUGAAGGGGACUCAACCUGGAAGAGGAGUUACUCGCUUUGGCCAUGGGGUACCUGUGAGAAGUUGGUUCCUUCUGAUGCUGUCUUUGACCCAGCAGAGUGGAUUCGUCUGACAAGAAAUCUCUAUAACUGGACUGAAGAGUAUGGGAGUUUCAAGCCCUCUUCCUGGGAAGCUGUCGCCAAUGAGGAGAUGUGGCAAGCCAGGAUGAAAACAGCUUUCUUUAUAUUUGGCCUUGCAGAAACUGCCAGUGUGCCUGCAGAAAUGAAAGCACAGCUGUACACGUUGGCAUACACUUCCUACAAAGAAAUUGUCAGCUCUCAUCCUCAUCACCCAGUGAACUGGCACAAAAACUACGCGAUAGCCUGCGAGAGAAUGUUGCGUCUCCAUCGGGUGGGUGAGGACCCUGAGGCAUUGCUCUCCGAAACUGUUAAACAUUUCCUCCUCUACACCCAGAAAGCAGAAGAUGAUCCCCAGCGGCAGGAUAUCCUACAGGCUGUGAACCACCUCCAGAAGGAACUGCAGGGGCUGAGGGAAAUGAAAGCUGAGCUGAAGCGGCAAGCUGGGUAGUGCCUGUUCCACUGUGCCCCUUCUGAGGUGCUGAGGAUUUUGACAGGUCCAGAGCUUUGAGUUGGUCACAGCCAAUGUGAGAAUGUUGGGAAAAGGUGACAAAAAGAGCAGAGGGCUCUGCAGGAGCGUACUGUUGUUUGGUAUCCGAUUGCUGUUGCCAAAUGAACAGUUUGUAUGUGAAGAAAGCUCAACACAAAAUAAAAUGCGGUGUUUCAAGAAGAGAGUUUCCUCCUAAAGGCAGCACUGAGAAAAUCAUUUAGAUCUGUUUAUGGAUGUUUAUAGAUGGUUUAUAGAUGCAAAAAUAUAUGUUUUGCCCUUAAACAUCGCUGCUGUUGUCAAGCAAA